GCCAUGGCAGCUUCAUGGAGGUCCCUCCACCGUCCACUCCUCUGGUUUCUAACCUGUGUCUCUACGGUUUUACUCGUCCUCCUGUUCAGUGACGUACUCAGACUCCGGCAGCAGGAAGAGAUUCACAAAAGAGAAUUCCUGAACUCAACAGAGAUCCCGGAGGAGCUCAUCGACCCCGCGGCCAUCGAUCUCACCCCCCUGGUCAAUACCUUAAUAAAUUCCAGCCAGUCGGGCUCUCGGCAGCUCUUCUCUCUGCUCAGUGUGACCUCCUACAGCUCCCUGGCUCUGCACAAACUCACCCUGCUGGUCUACAACAUUUCCAGCAUCAGACGCGUAGAAAGCUCCGUGUUCAGGAGGAGGUUCUGUUACUGCGUCACCAACGACACCAACGAUUUAACAGACUUCACCGCCGUCCUCCUGGACGUGAUGGGGAACUCCAGCAGCUCGCUGCACGAGAUCUUCAAAUCUGCCUCCAUCCUAUCAGUGAGUCAGAGGAACAACUCAGACUGUAUCUACAUCUGUGUGAUGGCGGGUAAGAUGGGCAGGGAGGAGUCUGAGGAGCUGUGGGAGAUCGACUCCAUCACUCCUCUCUUCAACCAGACCAUCGUGGAAGGUCCACACACAGCUAACGUCUCGUCCUUCAGGCUUCCUGCCGAAUGGCACCAACUGCCCACGGAUCUGAGUCACAUGUCUCCAUCUGGAGACGAGAUGAGCAGAGUCCUGUCCACCGCACACGCUUCAGCAGCGACUCCGGAUGAAACCGUCCCAGCAUCAGUGAAGGUCACGGCCCCUGGACCUCCAUCCAGCUUCACGCUGACGCAAACCUCCUCUGAAACACUGGAGACGCUGCCUCCGAGUGCGACCUCAUCUCCAACAGCUGUAGCUCCAGAGAUUAGUCCGAGCCGACCAACCUCAGCCUUUACUGAGAUGACAACACAACACCAGACGUUCACCAUCCGGCCAAAGACACGAACCACGACACAGAGGACGCCGGUGGAAACAGAGAAACCUGGUUGUCCCUGGAGACGAUCGGACCCCGCGACCACGACCGCGACCGCGACCACGACCGUCGCCGCCCACAAGCUGCAGCCCUGCGUCCUCGAGCUCUGCAAGUUCUUCUCCCAGUGUCUGUGCCGACCCUUCAGCCACAAGACCAACAUGAAGAGAUACUGUGACGACAGCCACGUCUGGUAUGAACAACACACGUCUGAGGUUUGUCGACGCGUCAAGAGAGUUUCUCUCUCCAGAAAUCUGAAACAGAGAUGUUUGACAAAGAUGUGCACCAAACUGUGACCGGAGCCGAUGAACGGUUCUUUGUUGGCCCCUGAAAGAACCGUUCUCCGUGACCCAGGAAAUGACCCACGGCACCGACACCAGGAACAUCUGGAGAACGUACGAGAACCGAAGCGGCCGGAGCUGAACUCCAGAAUCUGGACGAGUUCACACUGAAUCUGAUUCACUUUAGAAACAUGUGGAUGGAAGAAAUGUAGAAACGAUAAUAAACAUGUGGAGACGUGAAGCUCUUUUUCUGUUUGACGUAGAAACAUCUGA